AUGCCCAAACCAGAUCCUUGCCCCUUCUGUGGCUUCGUGCCCGAACAAGGAGGAAAUGAAAUUAUUUCACAGCAUAUCGAGAGACAUCACCCAGACGGUGAACAGCAGCCUUCCACCGACACUGACGCCCCUUUCACGUGCCCUGAAGACGGUUGCGGUGAGAUCCUCCAACCUGAUGAGCUAGCUUUUCACCUGGAGCUCCAUGAGCUUGAAGCGCAGGGUGCAACACCCGAGCCCGAGCCGAAGCCUGAGCCUGAGUCUGUCGCAGAUCAGGCUCCGGCUGUACCUCGAAAACUGGCUACGCCAACUAGGGGAAGUUCUCGCAAGAACAAGAAGGCUAGCACUAUCCAGGCAUGGAAAGAUUUGUUCAUAGGAAACAACAGUAGAUCGAGCCACAGCCGUGAUAGUAGCAGCAGCAGUAGUCGCACUCGCCACAAAACCAAGAGGGAAGAUGCUGGCAUAAGUAAGAGUCCUGACAGAGGCUCUUCAUCCCAGACUAGGAAUGGAGAACGACGUAGAAGGCCUGGUCAGCUGGGGAAAUCUGAGCUCGGCAGAUUCGCGCACGAGAAAAAAAUGCCUCUAUGGCUCAUAGAUCUCCUUCGUGAUGAGGGUCAGGUUGUUAACAAUGACGUCUUGCCUGUUCUAAGUCAACUCCUCGAACAGAGCCCUUCAACCCAAUAUGCCUACCUCUGUCAAUCUGCUGUACAGCAUGUUUCCAAAUUAAGGCAAGAAGGCGGUUUCUGUGGUUAUCGAAACAUUCAGAUGCUCACAUCCCACAUCAUCUCUGCUAAAUCCGAAGGUUCAAACCACUUUGGCAACAGCUUUCCUAGCAUAUUCCAGAUUCAGGAUCUAAUCGAGAAUGCUUGGGACAACGGUAUUAAUGCUCAGGGUCGAGCCGAAACAGGAGGUGUCAAAGGGACACGAAAAUACAUUGGCACACCAGAGGCACAGGCUGUAUUCCUCAACCUAAAGAUACCUUGCUCAGUUCAAGCAUUUAAGGAUCCAGAACGCGGCAAGUCCAAGCAGUACCUCUUUGAGGCUAUUGAGCGAUACUUUCAAGGAGGCAUCACUAGCGUAGAGGACCGCAUUCAUUGCACCAGCCUGCCACCGAUCUAUCUUCAGCAUCCAGGACAUUCUUUAACCAUCGUCGGGUUUGAGAAGCAGAUGGAUGGACACACAAACCUCUUGGUAUUCGACCCCAGCUUUCACGAUUCUACCAAGAUCAGAAACCUCGUUGGGAAAACAGUUCGACUGAAAUCAUCUUCCGUCGACGGACUUCUGAAACCAUAUCGUCGCGGUUCGCACUACUUCCGUAAAUACAAUGAAUACGAAGUGCUCUAG